CCAUCCCCAAUUCCGAGGUUUCUUCUUUCUUUCAUUCGUAUACCCCACAAUGUUCACCCUACGAAACCUCGCCCGGUCGGCACCCCGCUCUGUCGCUCGUCUCUCUACAAAGGCUGCUCGUCCGCAGAGCUCGCUGUUCCGGCAAGCGGCUGCAAUUCAACCUUCGUGGACGAGGGCGGUUCCGAGACUCACAUACGCUUUUCAUACUUCGGCUGUCAGGAGACAAGAGAGCAAUGUCAAUGAAGAACUUGUUGCGAAGCUCCAAAAUGAGAUCUCCAUGGAGGAGGACAUGAAGGAAGACGAGGACCUGUCUGCCAAUAUCAAAGAAUAUCUCGAGAGCAGCCCCUUCGAGAUCGAAGACAAGCCAGGUCACCAAGAAAUCGUCCUCACGCGCACCUUCGGCGACGAGAAAAUCCGCGUCACAUUCUCAACCGCUGACCUAAACAAUCACGUCCCCAACGCUGACGAAAUGGAAGACCAGGCCAUGUACGACGAGGGCGUCGACGACAUCAUCGGCGAGUCGCAGUCUGGCGGUGCCAACACCAAGGGCGCGGUCAACCAGGGCAGGACACAGGAUGGGAACGUGCGAGUUGCCCCCGAGGACCGCAUUGCGCCGGCAGAUCGCGAGGACUUGGAUGAUGAAUUCGACGAGGACGGCCAGCAGCAGGGUUUCCCCGCCAGGACCAGCAUCCGGAUUGAGCGGCCGGGCAAGGGAGCACUUGCCAUUGAAGCUGUUGCCCAGGACGGUGAUUUCGUGAUCGAGGACAUCCUGCACUUCCCUACCGCUGAUUUGGCGGACCCUCAGACCGCCGAGAAGGAAUACCAGAGACGCACUCUGUACACCGGGCCUCCAUUCGGCAAUCUGGACGAGGACCUCCAGAUUCUGCUCGAGAAGUAUCUUGAAGAGCGUGGCGUCAACACUCGCAUGGCUCUAUUCAUCCCUGAUUACAUCGACCACAAGGAGCAGAAGGAGUACGUCAAGUGGCUGAACAAUCUCAAGAACUUCGUCGAGUAAGCUGCAACGUUGCAUUGAUGACAAGCCAAGUCGGUUCCUAGAAGGAUUCCUGAUCCGAAGUGUAUUAUCCGGGGAGUCGUGUUUACCCCUUUUCCUGGAGGAGUCUAAUGGCCGUGUACAAUAAAAUGAUUGGGGGAAGGACGAUCUUGAAUGUGUGUUUUUGACACAGGCAUGACCCAUAGAAUACCGAGUAUUGAAUCUAAUGCGAGAAUGCGAUUUCCACUCUACGUCUGUUUUUGACGUAUUGAUGCGAGCUUGUGCGAUCUCGGUUUUGAGUCUUUUGUGAUCCGAAAGGCAAGGGCAGAUUUGCUGGCUAUUGGUACGCUAAAUUCUGGGGAGAAGGUAGGACUCAUGUACUGUCCGUCUGAAAAAUUGGCUUUAUGUGCAAAUGCAGAAUACGAACCGAGACAGUUCGUGG